GCUACUCGCGCUAUGGUCGCACGGGACGCGUACAUCAUGUUUGGUGGAGAUGGAACCAUGGCCACUGGCUGGCCAUCUCGCGAGUUGUGGCUGAGCUUCAGCGAUGCUUGGGACGCCAACCUCAAGAUCAUCCAGAACUCUUGCCAGGUUGAAGGCUGGGGUGAGAACAACAGCGAUGCCGAGAUACAAGCCAUCAAGGACAGCAUCACUGGAGAGUCCAAAGCGUCAGGCAUUCCCAAGGAGUUCAUUCUUGCCAUCAUGAUGCAGGAGUCCAAGGGCUGUGUGCGAGCUCCCACCACCCGUUGGAGUCACGACAACCCUGGCCUGAUGCAGAGUGCUCAGGGCAAGGGAACUUGUAACCCUGACGGCAACCCGAUCAGCCCAUGCCCUGCGACUACCAUUCGUCUCAUGAUCCACGAUGGCACUGAUGGCGAUGGCCUUGAGACGACCUUGAUGCAGUGUUUAGAAGACACCGGAACCACUGAUGACAGCAAGUGGUACAAGGCCAGUCGUAUAUACAAUGCCGGCAGGAUCACUGACAACAACCUGGGCAUUGGUCCUACUCCAUGUUAUGCUUCUGACAUCGCCAACCGUCUCACA